UGCGCGAUUUUUUUUUCCCGGAGAAAUGUACAGUUGUGCUGUCUAUGAGAGUACUUAAGGGUACAGCGAAUUCCCGCAGGGAAUAAGGGGAGGUAACCAAACUAGCUGAGCCAGAUACAAUCUAUAAUGACAACACAUGAGCUGAAGGUGCAGCGGUCAAUUUGUCAAAGCGGAGAGACUGCCAGCGUGCCUUGCGUUGUUGUCUCAAAUCGCGAGAGAUUUAACACACAUACUGACAAAACACGUUUUCAGAAUGUAAGUGGGCACGGGAAGUUACAUUCUGAACCAUCUGCUCAACACAUCCACAGUAAGAAGGAAUCCGAAGCUGCUGCGACUUCUUCACCGUCACUGCACAUCACAGGCCAACAGAAAAGCAGCAGAGAUGUGCAGAUCAGACAGAUAAUACUGCUCCAAUCUAAGAAAGACUCCAACAAGACAUCUAAGGAUCAAAAGGAAUCUGCCAGAUUCACUACCGUCAUCUCUAUCAGUCUUCUCACCAAAAGAAACAAAAAAGACACAACGGAGGACACUGAAGAAACAUUGCCAGUUGAGAUUGACUUUGAUGGAGCCAAAAAGAAAACAGCUAAUCAACACCACACAGAGCGAAGGGACCUAAUUUCACCAACCUGUAACAAAUCAUGUGGUGAAUUAUUAAAGGUUGGAGAUGGGCCAAAAGCACCCUUUGAUGAAGAUAGUAUUUCCACUCUGCAAAAUCAACAUGGACUUAACAUACCUAACCAGAGACGAGAUACAGGAAUACAGCACAACAUAAGCCUUUAUGAACAUUUGCAAACAGUCCACAGUGACACACACAAACAUUCUACUGAACCUGCUUUUGAGAUACAAACAGAAUUCAGCAAGUGCUCAGUUCCAAACAAGGAAUCUGGAGCCAGUGACAUUCAUAGAGAGAAUACUCCAACAACUCCACAGUACCACAAUAAUCUGACCUCCCUUGGAGAGGACAGUGGUCUAAAAGUACUAAACCAGAUCUUAUCUUUUCACGCAACUCAUUCUGGAAGUACCCCUGAGCCAGAACCGCGUCUCAUCAAUCCUGCUUCUGAUAUGUUAACAUCUGCCCUGGCCUCAGUUCUUUCUCCACCUUGUAGUGGCCAUCUUAGAAGACCUAAACAAGGCGGCAGUGAGCUAGAGCAUGAACCCCAAAAUUGUGGACAGAAUGUCAACCUGUCUACCUUAUCCCACCAAGAUCGUCAGCAACAACUGUUUAUUGCCACUCGCAGGCAGCCAGCUGAGCAUGUGUUGCAAGCGCCCAAUGACGAUGACAUGCAGUUUACUGCUGGAACCAGCAACAACUCUCCUGAUUGGCAAAAAGAGAACAAUUCCCCAAAUGUCACAACAGCAAUUCAGUCAAAAAGACCCAUUUUGAAAUGUUCCUCUGUGGACACAUACAGAGGCAUGAUGUACAACAAUACAGAAUUACACUGUUCUGCCACAUCUCUGCACACUGGUCAGGUACUCAAGUUUCCCCACUCUGAGGAAAGUAGAGGGUACAAAAUGUCAAAGACUGAAGAUCAAAACAAGCCUUUCAAAUCACUGAGCUCCAAGCCAACAACAAGCAGCCUACUUCUCUCCUUGAGAAGGUCAAAUCUGAGAAGGUCCAAUGCUGAACCCAGACAAAUGGAGUCUCAGAUAACGAAGUCUGUCAGGUCCCUAACAUUGCCCAACAGGAGUGUUUUGAAGAAUGCUCAAUCAUACACCCUUUCUGUUACCCCUGAUGACCAUACCGGAGAAACAUUGGUGUCAUACCCAUUUCUAGACACUCAUUCAAAAACAGAGGGAAUAUCAGACACAAAUCAUUUAUCUUUUUCACCCAGAAUUAAGAAGAUUGUAGCAUUAAGGACACCACUUUUGCUAAACAAAAGAGAGACAGACCAGAGGUUAAAGAGACCAGAGGGUUCUGUUGCAAGAGCUGAAGAGAAGCCGUUCUCUCCCUCCACAACCACAUCCAGCCAACCUGGGAUUGUCAAAGCUCAGCAGCAUUCUCAUUUAGUUCUUUUGCGCAAAUAUUUCAAUACAGAGAACAGUGAUCCAGUGGAACCAAGUACCAUUAACAAGACAAAGCUGCAUAAUCCGAUCACCACAAUUUCUCCCAAAGAGAAAACAAAUGUUAACUUAGAUUAUCCUCAAACUGUUAGAAAUGUAGCAUCACAAAGCACACAAAAUAUUCCUGACAGCAAUUCAACGAGCAUGAGAACCUUCACAGACAGGCUUAACUCCUCACCCAGUAAAGAAAACUCUCCUGUAGAUGGAAACAACACAACAAUUGGGAGGCAGAUAUAUCUGGACUCUAAGAAACAUUCUGGGUCAAGUCAAAGCUCAAUGGACCUUUCGAGUCCUCUCUCCCCAAGUAGACCUAUCAGAGGCAUUUGUAUUCCGAGCAUCUAUUCAUACCUAAGAGAGUCAAGCCCAAAUGUAUCCACCCCUAAUUCCCCUUCCACCCCUUCUUCCCACUUACAGAGAGUUGUAACUUCUUCCUCUCCUAAACAAGAUAAAGCCAUAAUACCAAAUGGUGACAGAGAACCUCUUCCAUCAAGAUUUUCUUUUGACCUCAGCCCAAUCGAGCCAAACGUAGAAGCAUCAAAAAGAGGCUCUCAUGGCACCAGUGCUCUUAAAACUCCAGCUCAAUCUCUGCCUCCUGAUUUUGGAAGAAGAUCAGUACCCCGUCUCAGUACUUCUCCAUAUUCUACCCUAAUCUCCUCAAGACCUGCCCUCAACAGCACUUUACAAGCACUGUCCUCUCCACCCAAACGUCAUGAUCGAUCUACAUCUGAUACUGCAACCGUACGUGUUGGCCGUAUAAAAGGUGACCAAAGCUCUUCUCCCUCCAUGUACACAAGCAUAACAAGGAGACCAAAGGAACAGCUAACACCUCCUGAUAAAGAACAGAGAACAGAAAAUUCAGUUCAUGCUUAUACUUGUGCCCUAGAUAAUCACAGACCUGCCCAGCCAUGCCUCUCACAAACUGCACCUGUUGCAAGUUUUGUCUUGGAAAGCUCAAGCCCAAAUAUAAUCCCACACCCAAGGUUGCAACAAGAAAAUGAUGGCUCGAUGGCACUUCAGUUUGAUAAGGGUAAUGCUUAUCCCAAGCGCAGGAGUCAGAAAGAGACUUAUUUACUGUCUAAUAAGCUCACAACUAAAAGUCAGACCCCACUUAUAGCCGAGAAGGAGACUACCACUUUGCAUACACAUGAGAGAUUGCAGGAAAUCCAGAGCCCCAAUUCAAAGAAAGCACUCUUUGCAUUACGGGUUAAGAAAGACAUUGUCACUUUAGAUCCCAUGACAUACAAAGAGGUUGUUCCCCCUCAGUAUUUAAAAACCAAAAGAAAUUCACCUGUAUUUAAAACAAGCAGUAGGAUUGACCAGAUGUUAAACCGCUUGAAAAUGACAUUUAGUGUCAAACAUUCAGAAAGCACUCUUGAAACAGUCACAAAAAAGAGUGGGAACGCCACUCAGCAACCCUCUCACACUGAGACUUGGGGAAAAAACAUGACAGUGGAGAAAUUGUCUCCUGGGAUCCAAUGGGAGCCCCCCACCUCAUCUUUGACCACUGAUAAAGCACCUUGUCCCUCUUCUGAAUCAUUGUCACCAGUAACAUUAAAGAAAUCUUGGAAUAUACAAAAUGCGGUUCAACAACACAGGUGUAUAGAUGACAAAAACUGUUCUGGGAUCCAAUGGGAGCUCCCCACCUCAUCUUUGACCACUGAUAAAGCACCUUGUCCCUCUUCUGAAUCAUUGUCACCAGUAACAUUAAAGAAAUCUGAAAAUUCACUGAAUGUGAACCACCGAAACAGGUGUAAGAAUGACAAAAAGUGUUAUGGGAUUCAAUGGGAGCCCCCCAACUCAGCUUUGACCACUGAUAAAGCAUCUUUUCCCUCUAUGGAGUCAAUGUCACCAUUAACAUUAAUACAAUCUGAGAAUACACUAAAUGUGGAUCAGCAAAACCAGUGUAAGGAUGUAAAAAAGGGUUCUGGGAUCCAAUGGGAGUCCCCCAAUUCAGCUUUGACCACUAAUAAAGCAUCUUUUCCCUCUUUGAAGUCAUUGUCACCACUUACAUUAAUUAAAUCUGAAAAUACACUAAAUGUGGAUCAGCAAAAGUGGUUUAAGGAUGAAAAAAAGUGUUCUUGGAGUCAGUGGGAGCACCCCAACUCAUCUUUGACCAUGGAUGAAGCAUUACCCUAUUUGGAUUACAUGUCACUAUUAAAACUAUCACAAAAGAGGUGUAGUGAUGAAAAUGGAAACCAGUCUAGCAGCAGCAGCUAUAGUCCACACACGCUAAAGCCCCAUGGUAUGAACCGUUCUGCCUCCUUGCCACAUUACAAAAAGUCCUCUGUUGGUCGUUCGUCACCCUUUUAUCUGUUUGAUUUUGAUUCAGAAGACAUUCAGAAUGAAAAUGUGUUUUAUAGUCCAGCGAGCAAACAAAGUAAUUUGCUUUGUGAGUCUGACAACAUCCCUCAGCUGAGCACUACCAAGCGGACUGUACAGCAAAACCUGAUGGGGUCUCGAUUGUCCUCGUCUUCUGCUGAUUUAAAGUACGGUCUGGAGAAUGGGCGGUCUUUUUCAGUCAGCAGUGUGUUUUCAAGCCGCCCAUCAGGUCCUAAACGAAUCUCAACAAGUAGCAUCAGUGACCUCUCAAGUUUAGAUGACUUCGGCAGUAAGGGGAGCUAUACAAAAUCUGACUCUCCAAUUAAUAAUAGCAAUUCCCCUAGCUAUGGUGCCAAAUAUGUUACCGGUAUCCAAACCCAACCUGGAUGUACAUUGUCAGAUGAUCAUUUUUGGAAUCCAGAUAAACAGGAAAUCUCCUCCGGCUUUUGGGAUGAUGCAGACCCAACCCCACCUCCCUCACCACCUUUUUCCCCUUCAUCUCGUCGCGUGUCCCAGGCUCCCGCUAACUCUUCCCCCAUCCGAACAACUCCAGACAAUCUAUCUCCUCGUGGAAUCCUGCCAUCAAGGAGUUACACAACCAACUUGACUGUCUUUGAGGAGUCUAGUUCUGACACCACAACUGAUGAUGAAUAUUACCUUGAUGAUGGUGAUGAGGAAGAAACAGAACUUUAGUGAAAAGUAUUAUGUGUUCUAUGUGUUAUGUGUUCAUCACUUUUGUAGUUUUGAUUAUAUGUACUGGAUGUUUAAAAAUUGGCUAUUUUCUGUGCAAUGGGACUUCUAUGGCAAAUCUAUUAAAACCACAGAAACAUUAGUUCUCAGUCAGACCAAACUUAAAUUAUAAGAGAAUCUAGUAAUUGCAGUACAGCUCAUUUAAUAAAGGAAUUCUCUUCUUCUUCUUCUUCUUUUUUUUUUUUUGCUAAUAACUUUUCUAUGUAAUACAAAAAAAUAUUAUUAUUAUUAGGGGCUUGGUACUUGAGAAUAACAAUAUUUGAUUUAAUUAGGAAUGUAUUUACAAUGCAAAGUAAUGUUGUUUUGUGAGGUGUUUUGAUACUUUCUGGAUAUUGGCUUUGACAUGGUGAAUUCUCACGUCAUAUUCCUUUUGUAGUGGGCUGCCUCCUGUAGGUCAUAAGCUGUUUCAUACAGGUAGUUGAAAGCACAGUGUGUCAGACACAAAACAUUAUUCCUUAUGACAGACAUUAUAUUCAUAGCUGCCAACAAAGGAACUGAGCAAAAAAUGUUAGUGUGUGUGUGUGUGUGUGUGUGUGUGUGUGUGUGUGUGUGUUUCUUGUAAGGUCAUUUCAAGAAUGUCUUGAUUACCAACAGGAAAUUGUCAUACUUAAAAAAAAAACAACAAAAAAAACAUAGGCUGAUAUAUUGACUAAUAUUGAUGUUAUGUUGAAACGGAAACAACAUUAUAAAAGAAUAUUGAUCACUGCAAAAAUGUAUCACUGUGUAAAAAUGUGUAAGUAGCUAUAAAUUGUAAAUAAAAAGAGUAACUUCGCAUUUAAAA